AAAAACAAACUAUUGCACGUUCAAUGUUUUUAUUCCACAUACACACAGACAGGCAGACACACAUUUGCUCUUAUUGCUGCAGACGCCCCUCAGGAUGCAACUGCUGUCUGAGCGGAGUAGGCCUCUCCAGGCCUGAAGUGAAAAAGGGAUAGUGAGACCCAUUUGACUUGUUUCCUUCUGGGAUCCAGAACAACAAGAGCGGGGGUGGGGAACUAUUUCGCAGGCGGCGGAGGAGCGCGGGGCGGAGCGCGCCCAUGUAAACAAACCGGGCGGAGGGAUACGCGAACGGCCGUAUGCGUAGGAAUCAGACCCCAGCGGAGUGGGAUUAUGCUGGGAGAGCUGCUGCUGCUUCAGCUUCUUCAGAGCUGCUGGCGUUCGCUGGGAAAGUCGGUUGUUACUCUCUGAGGGAGGAAGAAACCCUGCCAGCGGCAUCUCCGUCCUCGUCACUCACCACUUUCCUCUCGUCCUCCCUCUCCUCUUAGCCCCUCUUCCGCAGUUUUGCCGGUUAUGGAGGUAGUGGGGGAUUUCGAGUACAACAGGAAAGAUCUCAUAGGACACGGAGCCUUUGCUGUGGUCUUUAAAGGCCGUCACAGGAAGAAAUCAGACUGGGAGGUAGCCGUGAAAUGCAUAAACAAGAAAAAUCUGUCAAAAUCUCAAAUUCUGCUUGGGAAAGAAAUCAAGAUAUUAAAGGAGCUUCAACAUGAGAACAUCGUAGCACUUUAUGAUGUUCAGGAGACUCCAAACUCUGUUCACUUGGUGAUGGAGUAUUGCAAUGGAGGUGACCUGGCAGAUUAUCUGCAAGUUAAAGGGACACUUAGUGAAGACACCAUUAGAGUCUUUCUCCAGCAGAUUGCAGCUGCUAUGCGAAUACUUCACAACAAAGGAAUAAUCCAUCGGGAUCUGAAACCACAGAAUAUUCUACUGUCUUAUGUCAGCCGGAAAAAAUCUCAUAUGAAUGGAAUUCGUGUCAAAAUAGCUGACUUUGGCUUUGCCCGGUAUUUACAGAGUAAUAUGAUGGCUGCCACCCUUUGUGGGUCCCCCAUGUACAUGGCACCUGAAGUCAUUAUGUCGCAACAUUAUGAUGCCAAGGCAGACCUCUGGAGUAUAGGCACAGUAAUUUUUCAGUGUCUUGUAGGAAGGCCUCCUUUCCAGGCUAACAGCCCACAAGAUUUAAGGCUCUUCUAUGAAAAGAACAAGACUUUAGUACCCAACAUCCCAAGCGAAACCUCUAGUCACCUGGGUGGCCUAUUGCUUGGCUUGCUUCAGAGAAACCAGAAAGACCGAAUGGAUUUUGAAACGUUCUUUAACCAUCCUUUCAUGGAUCAAACAUUGUCAGUCAAAAAAUCAUGCCCUGUGCCUGUACCCACGUGCCCUGGUUCUGUUUCUGGUAGUUCUUGCAGCAGCUCUCCGUCUUGUCAUUUUGCCUCUCCUCCUUCGUUACCAGAUAUGCAACGCAUUCAGGAAGAUGCUCUGUCUUCUCCUCCUUUGGGUCCGCCUAAUUAUCUGCAGGUUUCCAAAGAUUCUGCCAGCAGUGGCAGUAAGAACUCUUCAUGUGACACAGAUGACUUCGUUCUCGUUCCGCAUAGUAUCUCCUCAGAUCAGUCAUAUGACAUGCCAUUGGGGACACUUGGCAGACGAGCUUCCAGUGAAUUUCUGAUGUGUGGAGGGCAGUCGCCUUUAACAUCUUCUGGUGGCUCAGCUGCUCUGCAGAGACCUUCCUCAGCCUCAUCCAGGUCAAGCUCUUCUAGCUCAGCCAACAGGCAGUGCCCACCUCCAGUGUCGCCUCGCACUGAGUCAGCUCCGAUUCCAGUCCCUACUCAGAUUCGAAACUACCAGCGGAUUGAGCAGAACCUGCAUGUAACUUCCAGCCAUAACACCAAUCCGUAUGGAUCACCCAGAUCUGGAAUGGUGAAGAGAUCAAACACAAGCCCAGUAGGUUUUGUGAAACCAACAUCUGGGUCACCAGCUGCUGCAGAUGCACCCCAAAAUCCAGGCCGCAGACUCUCCACUGGAUCCUCUAGGCCUUACUCACCUUCACCUCUCGUUGGAACUAUCCCUGAACAGCUUAGCCAUUGCUGUUGUGGUUUGCCUCAGGGACACGAGUCAAGAUCCAGGACACCAUCAGGCUCACCUUCUCCCCAGUCUCACUUAUUGGGUGCCAGACUCCAGAGUGCUCCAACUCUUACUGACAUUUACCAGAGCAAACAGAAACUACGUAAACAGCACUCGGACCCAGUUUGUCCUCCAUCAGCAGGGUAUGGAUGUAGCCAUUCUCCACAGCCUAGCAGACCAGUCAGCCUUGGUACUUCCCCUACAAAACACAUGGGAACGUCUCCACGGAGUUCAGAUUGGCUGCAUAAAACCCCGCUACCCACCAUCAUUGGAUCACCAACAAAGACCACUGCUCCUCUCAAGCUGCCUAAAACUCAAGCAUCUUCCAAUUUGCUUGCCUUGGCUGCGCAGCAAGGAUUAACUGAGAGUCCACCAAUGCAGUCCAAAGCCAUGUUGGAGGCUAGGGAAUUCAGCACCUAUCAUUAUCCACAAGGAAGUGCUAAGUCUGCAGCUUCUGAGGAGAAUAAAACCACCUUUGGCAGAUCUGUAAGUACAGGAAGAUUGUCAGAUCAGGUAGUAAAGACCACAUUUGGAGGGCAGACGUAUCAAGGCAGCACGGAUAGCCUCAAUACGGAACGUCCAAUGGACACAGCUCCAGCAGGUGCUUCUGGUUUGACAAUGGGUUCCCCUGCCAUGGUGAUAGGAGUGAGCCCAAGGACUGUGGUGUUCACUGUAGGUUCACCACCAAGUAGUGUCACCCCUCCCCAUAGCAGUCACAUGGUCACCAGAACAAGGACAAUGUCAGUUGGCUCAAACAGUCCACUUGGAUCUUUGUGUUCCAACAGUGGAAGAAUUUGCAUGGGCUCUCCACCAGGUGCUUACAUGGGCGCCUCACCUCCUGGGGCAGAAGGUCCUUCAAGUUUGAAGUACAUGACAUUCGGUACCUCGCCUCCUAGCUUAGAAGGAUUUAUCACAUUCGAAGCUCCAGAACUGCCAGAAGAGACCUUAAUGGAGAGAGAACAUACAGAUACCUUGCGACACCUGAAUACAAUGCUGACAUUUGCAGAAUGUAUUAUGGAUAUUGCUGUGAUGAAAGGAGGUAGUUUGGACUUGGGGACCUCUGCUGCCUCUCUCUAUCAAAUCCAGGAGAGUGUUGUGGUUGACCAGAUUAGUCGUCUCAGCAAGGAGUGGGGACAAGUGGAACAGCUUGUACUAUACAUGAAAGGAGCACAGCUGUUGGCAUCUUCUUUGCAUCUUGCAAAAGACCAGGUUAAGUCAGGCAAGCUGAACCCAUCUACAGCCGUUAAGCAAGUUGUUAAAAAUCUGAAUGAUCGGUACAAGUGCUGCAUCUCCUUUUGCAAAAAACUUACUGAGAAACUGAAUCGUUUCUUCUCUGAUAAGCAGAGAUUUGUGGAUGAAAUCAACAGUGUUACUGCAGAGAAACUGAUCUACAGCUAUGCUGUGGAAAUGGUACAGUCAGCUGCACUCGAUGAAAUGUUCCAGCAAACAGAGGACAUCACAUACCGGUACCACAAAGCAGCAUUAUUAUUGGAAGGCUUGACAAAGACUCUGCAAGAUCCUGCUGAUAUUGACAACAUCCAGAAAUACAAGACCAGCGUUGAACGCAGACUGUCUGUACUGUGCCAUGGCACAGUGGCUCUUUAUGGAAACUAGCCUUCUGAAAUGGACCACUUGCAGCAGAGCAGGGACCACCACCUUUCCUGGAUCACGCCAGAGUCUUGGAGAUGCCUUUUUCCUUUUUUGUUUAAUGGUUUUUCUUCCCCAACUCACCACCACCACCCCCCCCCCCCCCCCCCCCCCCCCCCCGUAUUGUGGGAAACUGUUCAUACUGAGGCCAUUUCUUUUCACCACCUAUGCCAACCCACGUAGCGAGCAAUGUUUGAUUUUUGUUUUGAAGAGUUACCAAAGAGGAGUUCUUGUUUCAAAAGAAAGGAAAUUUAUGUAUAAAUAUAGAUUAAUACUUCUGGAAAACUCUCUCAACGAUGUAGCAUUUUCUUUCGUUUCAUUUUACCUCAAAGAGGUGAAGUAUGGGGCAGAUUCACUAAUUUUGGCUUAAAAAGCCACCUAUCACUGGAGAGCGUUAAUACAUGCACAGGAGUAAAACUGAAACUUGUCUGUUUUUGUGACAGAACUCAUGGGUACUUGGAAACCUACGUUCAGAAGUAUUUUGCUCCAUCUGAUUAACUUAUGUAUAUACAGUACUGUGCUGUGGCAAAUUGGCAAGUUGUCUUUCUCCAAGUGAAACUUCUAAGGUAAUUUUAAGACACUAAUGAUAUGAUAAAUGAGCCACAUUUUAAGAUUUACCAGGAUCCUUGUACAGCCAGUUAAAGGCAUGAAAUGCCUUAUAUCUUCUGCUACAUUGUAUACAUGUCAACCCAUGGAAACUGAUCAUCAAGGAGGAAUUAAGCACUUUAUGUGGAUAGGAAGUUGACAACCAGACAAAAGGGGAUGGCUGCAGCUCACCUUUAUGACCUUGUAAACCUGACAUCACUUUGGAUGGACACAGAGAGAGAGGAUUUUCUUGUUUUUUUUGUUUUUAUUUUGUAGCUCUUGAGACAGGAGCUAUUGAUACCACAAAGACUUUGCUCCAACAGACAACCACUUCUGAUUGCACUAUUACAAUUCUUUGAACAUCUUUAAUGUUAUGCAGAACUCCUUGUAAAAUGACACAGCUUAAAAGCUGUAUUGAAGAAAUAGGAAGUAGAGAAUACUGUCCCAGUAGGUUAAGCUCCAAUGCAUUCAACAAAAGAAAAUUUCAAAUGCGUUUUGGAGCAAGAAGCACAAAGUGCUUGACACUUUAACUAAAAAGACUGCAAAAAAAAGCGUGUAUUAAUUACAAGACUUUCCUUUUUAUACUUAUUAAAUACUUGAGUAGUCCAUAUAGAGCAACCGUCUGUAUAUAAUGAAACUAGUUUUUUUUCCUCUUUCUGCCAGUGAUCGACUUUUAAACAAUAUUUUUUGGCUGGCUUUGUUGUGCAUGUAUUCAGUGUGACUGUGCCACUGACCUGAUAAUAUUGCUAACAAUGCUGUUUGUUCAGACAGUAUUAUGGAGUUGAUGCAUUUUUCCUGUAGAUUGACAACCUGUCAUGCAGACUAAUGUAACGUUUAGUAUUUUCAGGGGUGGAAAAAACAGAUUAUCAGGACUCCAGGAACCAGAUUACAAAACAGUUUGGACUGUUUUGAAGCCCAGGUUUUACUUCUGGAGGACAAUUUUGUCACUUGUAUGAACUAAAGAAUUCAAAGUUCUUUUCCAGACUUGUGUACAUGUUACAUAUGUGUGCAUCCAUGUAAACAAAGUGAACAAGCACAAUUGUUCCAUUUUUAUAUCAUACGUAAUCAGAUUAAAGGUUCUGGUUUGGCAAUAGGCAUCCAAUAGUCUGGUGAAGGAUUGCAAUUAAACUGACACUAACAAUAGCAGUUGAGUUUGAAAGAGUAUUUAAUUGGAAAUUUUAUUUUUGUAAUUUUAAAAUUAAAUAAAAACAGCAGGUGGUAACUCUAGUAUAAAGGAUGAUGUUUGUGUGGUACAGCUAAUGAGGCACAAUAUGCAUCAUCUCAGGAAAUGAUGCAAUGUCACAUGAUCUUGUUCUCUUGCAGUCUUGUGGCAAGCUGAAGCACCAUACAAUGCUUCUUAAAUAAAGUUAAUGUUUUCCUUACUUCAGCAGACUCUGUAAAUAUUCUUUAGUACAAUGACCCCAAGAAUAUUAAAUGGUGGCAGCAAAUGAAAGAACAAAUGGGAAAGUCUCUGCCAUUACUGGAGAGGUUCUAAUCAAGUAAAAGCAUGGCUGAAUUGGUACCAGAGAUUUACAAGGUGUCUCGCUGCAAAACGGAGCAGUGAGCAGGUCAGUACACGACUAUAUCCAAUGGAUCCAAUGCAUAUAGUGCUGUAAUUACUAAAGGGAUUGACUUAGAAAACAAUUGAGGAAGUAAGCAGAAGAUCCUAUGCCUACUUCAAUCUGCUAAAUUUACUAAGCAUGCCCAGCAACAAAGGAGUAGUAUUAAUGCCUUUAACUUGCAGAGAACUGAGAGUAUAACAACUUAGAAGAAUUAAUGAGGGACAGAAUUGUAUUUCUGAACUUAGAUGAAACGCUGUCCAAUCACUUGGCAGUUAAGGAGUAACUUAACAUCAAAGGCAAUUCAACAGAGCAGGCAAACUAAGGUGGGGAAACAAAAUAGGUAAUUUGGGGUGCCAGAGAACCGUAUCCCAAAAAUAAAUGACUGAGUGAGUGUUAAGUUUAAAAGCAGGGAGGUGGCCUAACAUAUGCUGAAGGCAGGAACAAUGUGCAUUAACUUCCCCAGGUUAACUGUUACUGGUGCGGUAGCAAAAAGCACAGGUGUGGAAAUUGUACCUCCAAAGGGGCAGGAGGCCAUCUGUGCAAGAGGGGUCACUUCCAAGCUGUGUCACAGCAAGAAAUUUGUACAAAAUAAGCCAAAAAAGAAGCCCUUAAAAGAUAGAAAUAGAAGAUAUUUAAUGUGGCAAUGCCUUUCUUUGAUAAUAUGAGGGAACCAAGCAGAAGCUACUAGAGCACUGAUAAUAGAGGGGAAACUAGACAUGUGAUAAAUUAGACUUGGGUGCACCGGUUUUGCUUUUUACAGCUAUUGUACUGUGUUUGGAGAACCAUAGUUCACAAAACUGCAUGGGCCAAGAGGUAUGGAACCUAGGUCAUAGGACAAUUAAAUGUAACUCUUUGUUAUAAAAAGAAAGAAAACACUGAAGCCUUGUAUGUCAACAAUGAGAAGGUGUAGGCCAUUUGGCCCCUUGAGUCUGUGUAAUAAGAUCAUGGCUAAUCUGCUUGUAAUCUUAUUUGUGAUCUAAAACAGAGUCGCUCAUUCUUAGCAGGAAGGCUUGUAUUGACUUGUGCCUGACUUGUAAAGUAGAGGAACUAGAAAUCAAGACAAUGAUGUCUGUAGAAGAGAGCUUAACAAAAAUGGAAGUGUUUAAUUUUCAUGAAGCCAGAUACAAAUAGCAUUUUCUUUGACAAUUAUCCUUUUAUGAAGAAUCUAAGAUGCUCUCGGGAGAUUGCAAGGACUGCAGAUGCUCUCAACCUUCAUUACCCCUUGUGGGAGAUUUUGUUACAGCGGUUUACCCUUCUCCACAUCAGCACCAGAAAUCUUCCAGAGAACAGUGUCAAGCAGUCUAAUAAGACUGGACUCAGUUGUAUGUUAGAUUGAUGAUGUCCUGAUCCAUGGCUGCACUCGGAAUAUGAUAAGCUGCAGCACCUACAGGAAGCAGCACUUACAUACAACAUUUGACAUGUAUUCUCACAUCCAACUAUCAAACUGUUUGAGCAUAUUGUGGAUGCAUCUAGUGACGGAGCUUAUCUACAGAAGAUGAGCAGCAAAGGAGUUUCCAGCUUCUCAAGCUGACAGUGUUCCAGACGUUCAUGGUUAUAGUAAACCUAGUUUCCUUCAACAGCACCUUCCAAACCCAUGACCUGUACCACCUGCGAGGACAAUAGCAGCAGAGACAUGGAAGCACACCACCUAGAAGUUCCACACCAAGCCUCUCACCAUCCUGAUGGAAACUUAUCGCCUUCAGUGUCACUGGGUCAAAAUCCUGGAGCUCCCUGCGUAAAAGCAUUGUGGGUGCACCUACUCCCAUGAACAGUAGUUCAAGGAGGCAGUUCAGCAACACUUCUUUCAAAGCAACUUUCAGAUUGCAAUAAAUGCUGACCCAGCCAGCAGUGUCCACAUCCUGUUACUGAAGCAGAAAUGUUCUUGUCCAAACUAGCUGUCAUCAAUGAACUGUUACAUCAGUUACAAGACAAUACACAAUGCUUGAAGGGUGCAGGGCAAGAUCUUUCGGAAAAAAUUCGAAGAUGAUAUUGAUGUUUUGAGUCAUCAAAACACAGAGUUGCUCACUCUCAUUGAAGAUGUAACUUUGCCAGAAUAGGAAAUGGUACUCUCUCGGAUACGAUGUAGGAUGAGAGAUUAGGACUAAUUGAUAUAUGCUAAUGAAGCAAUACACGACAGGGUGUGGUGAAAUGUCACAUGAUCUUGCUCUGUCUUACAGCCUGCUGUCAAGAUAAAGCCACAAUAAGAUGCUUCUUAAAUAAAUUGAAUACUUUCCUUCCUUCAGGCUCUGUAAACAAUCUUUAGCACAAUAAAAAUAAGAAUAUUAUGGCAACUUAGAAAUACACAUUUUAAAAAAGCCAAUGCUGCAUUGUACUCUUUGGGUUUAGAAUCAGCAGUCAUAUGUAUUUCUUCUUCCCACCUGUAAAAUCUUGCCUUUUCUACAAACUGACCAGGCAGGCAGUUUUAUUUUUAAAACCGUUUUGUUUGCUGCACAGAACACCAGAUUACAAAGUCAUAUUUGUGACCAAACUUGUCUCCAUCCCCAGAUUCUCUGGGCAGUCUUCUGGAGUUGGUAAAUAAAUUUUUCCACCCUUGAGUAUUUUUUGUUUUACCUUUUUUUUUUCGUUAAAUUACUCCGCUGCUUGAAUACUUGAAUAUUGAUCUAAAUUCCUUUAUAACAAUCAUGUUUCAUGUCCCAGAGACAGUUGUAUUCAAUUAUAUUUUCCAUGAGCAAUGAAUUUGGCUCAUUCAUGAGAUCCGUCUAAACUGUUUUAUUUUCCCCUUGCUUUAUGUUUUGAAAGGAUCUAAUGUAUUUUAUUUAUCUGUAAGCAAUUCCAUUAAUUCUGAAGACAGUUUUUAUUUAUAAAAUAUUUGUACUAUUAGGUCUUUAAUACAGUGUUUCUACCUCUCAUUUGUGUAUAACGGCAUGCAUACUCAAUGAAAUCAGGUUGCAGACACAUUUACUUGUUAUGUAGCAGCCUUUUUAAUAUGGCCUGUAAAGAUGUACAUUACGACAACGGAAAUAAAAUUGUCAUGAAAUAUUA